AGACCCCCUCCCCUUCCGCCUCGCGGCGCUUCGUCGCGCCGCGGUCUUCUCUCUCCACCCCCGACACCGCGGGGCUUGCCCCCGCCCGCCAACGGCGGGUCCCCAGCUUCCCAGUCCCCGUCGUUUCCCGCGCUCUCCGGCGGGGGCCCAGCCCCGGCUUCCUCUCUCCCUCCCUUCCCCCUAAUUCCCCUUCCGGACGCUGCCAUCAUGUUGAAGCCUCAGCCGCCACAACAGACCUCCCAGCCCCAGCAGCCGCCCCCCACGCAACAGGCCGUGGCCCGCCGGCCUCCCGGGGGCACCAGCCCUCCCAACGGCGGCCUCCCGGGGCCCCUGGCCUCCACCUCGGCUCCCCCAGGGCCUCCCGCCGCUGCUUCCCCCUGCUUGGGGCCUGCAGCCGCUGCCGGGAGCGGGCUCCGCCGGGGAGCUGAGGGCAUCUUGGCGCCGCCGCCGCCGCAGCAGCAACAUCAGGAGAGGCCAGGGGCAGCGGCCAUCGGCAGCGCCAGGGGACAAAGCACAGGAAAGGGACCCCCACAGUCACCGGUGUUUGAGGGUGUCUACAACAAUUCCAGAAUGCUGCAUUUCCUUACAGCUGUUGUGGGCUCCACUUGUGAUGUAAAGGUAAAGAAUGGUACCACCUAUGAAGGUAUCUUCAAGACGCUGAGCUCAAAGUUUGAACUGGCAGUAGACGCUGUGCACCGGAAAGCAUUGGAGCCAGCAGGUGGCCCUCGUCGGGAAGACAUUGUGGACACCAUGGUGUUUAAACCAAGUGAUGUCAUGCUUGUCCACUUCCGAAAUGUUGACUUCAAUUAUGCUACUAAAGACAAGUUCACUGAUUCAGCCAUUGCCAUGAACUCGAAGGUGAAUGGGGAGCACAAAGAGAAGGUGCUUCAGCGCUGGGAGGGGGGCGACAGCAACAGCGAUGACUACGACCUGGAGUCUGACAUGUCCAAUGGAUGGGACCCCAAUGAAAUGUUCAAGUUCAAUGAGGAGAACUAUGGCAUAAAGACCACCUAUGACAGCAGUCUCUCUUCUUACACGGUGCCCUUAGAGAAGGACAACUCAGAAGAAUUUCGUCAGCGGGAGCUGCGUGCAGCCCAGUUGGCUCGAGAGAUUGAAUCGAGCCCCCAGUACCGCCUGCGGAUCGCCAUGGAGAACGAUGACGGGCGCACCGAGGAGGAGAAGCACAGUGCAGUUCAGCGACAGGGUUCAGGGCGAGAGAGCCCCAGCUUGGCAUCUAGGGAGGGAAAGUAUAUCCCUCUACCCCAACGAGUUCGGGAAGGUCCCCGGGGAGGAGUUCGAUGCAGUAGUUCUCGGGGUGGCCGGCCUGGCCUUAGCUCUUUGCCACCUCGUGGCCCUCACCAUCUUGACAAUAGCAGCCCUGGCCCAGGUUCUGAGACACGCGGUAUCAAUGGAGGCCCUUCCCGCAUGUCCCCUAAGGCACAGCGGCCUCUGAGAGGUGCCAAGACUCUGUCUUCCCCCAGCAGCAGGCCUUCUGGAGAAGCUUCUGUUCCACCUCCUCCUGCAGGCCGGAUGUACCCCCCACGCUCUCCCAAGUCAGCUGCCCCUGCCCCAAUCUCAGCUUCCUGUCCUGAGCCUCCCAUCGGCUCAGCAGUACCGACCUCUUCAGCUUCCAUCCCCGUGACAUCGUCAGUUGGGGAUCCUGGAGUAGGCUCCAUUUCCCCAGCUUCUCCAAAGAUCUCACUGGCACCCACAGAUGUAAAAGAACUCCCAGCCAAGGAACCUGGGAGAACGCUGGAGUCCCAGGAGCUGUCCCGGAUAGCAGGGAAAGUCCCUGGCCUUCAGAACGAGCAGAAACGCUUUCAACUGGAAGAACUGAGAAAAUUUGGGGCCCAGUUUAAGCUUCAGCCCAGUAGCUCCCCUGAGACCAGCCUGGAUCCUUUUCCUCCCCGGAUCCUAAAGGAGGAGGCCAAAGGGAAGGAGAAGGAGGUUGAUAGUCUUUUGGCUUCAGAGCCCAUGGGGUCCCCUGUUUCCUCCAAGACAGAAUCCAUAUCAGAUAAGGAGGACAAACCACCCCUGCCACCAGCAGGAGGCGCCGAAGGGCCGGAUCAGCCCCCACCGCCUUGCCCAAGCCAAAACAGUAGCCCCCCAGUGGGCCUCAUCAAGGGAGAUGACAAGGAUGAGGGCCCUGUUGCUGAACAAGUGAAGAAGUCAACACUGAACCCUAAUGCCAAGGAGUUCAAUCCCACUAAGCCCCUGCUGUCUGUGAAUAAAUCCACCAGUACUCCAACUUCUCCUGGGCCCCGGACUCAUUCAACUCCCUCCAUCCCGGUGCUGACAGCAGGCCAGAGUGGGCUAUAUAGCCCCCAGUACAUUUCCUACAUACCUCAGAUCCACAUGGGACCAGCUGUUCAGGCACCUCAGAUGUAUCCAUAUCCUGUGUCCAACUCAGUGCCUGGACAGCAGGGCAAGUACCGGGGAGCAAAAGGCUCCCUGCCCCCCCAGCGCUCGGACCAACACCAGCCAGCCUCAGCCCCUCCGAUGAUGCAGGCCGCCGCCGCUGCUGGCCCCCCUCUGGUGGCUGCCACACCUUAUUCUUCCUACAUCCCCUACAAUCCACAGCAGUUCCCAGGCCAGCCCGCCAUGAUGCAGCCCAUGGCCCACUACCCCUCGCAGCCGGUGUUUGCCCCCAUGCUUCAAAGCAACCCACGCAUGCUGACGUCGGGGAGCCAUCCCCAGGCCAUUGUGUCAUCCUCCACCCCUCAGUACCCUUCUGCAGAGCAGCCCACCCCCCAAGCCCUUUAUGCCACUGUUCACCAGUCCUAUCCACACCAUGCCACGCAGCUCCAUGCCCACCAGCCGCAGCCGGCCACCACGCCUACUGGGAGCCAGCCGCAGUCCCAGCAUGCAGCCCCCAGUCCCGUCCAGCACCAGGCGGGGCAGGCCCCACACCUGGGCAGUGGACAGCCACAGCAGAACCUGUACCACCCAGGGGCCCUGACAGGCACGCCGCCUUCUCUGCCGCCGGGACCUUCUGCGCAGUCCCCUCAGAGCAGCUUCCCCCAGCCAGCCGCUGUGUAUGCUAUCCAUGCCCACCAGCAGCUGCCCCACGGCUUCACCAACAUGGCCCAUGUUACCCAGGCCCAUGUCCAAACUGGAAUCACAGCAGCCCCGCCCCCUCACCCUGGGGCUCCCCACCCGCCCCAGGUGAUGCUGCUGCACCCACCCCAGAGCCAUGGGGGCCCCCCCCAAGGCGCGGUGCCCCAGAGUGGGGUGCCUGCACUCUCAGCUUCCACACCCUCACCCUAUCCCUACAUCGGACACCCCCAAGGUGAGCAGCCUGGCCAGGCGCCUGGAUUUCCAGGAGGAGCCGAUGACAGGAUUCUAUGUAGGGUGGGCAGAAGCCACAGUCGCCGCCGCCAGGGGCUUGCUCCUGGCUCUGUCCUUUGCUUCCCUCCGUCCUCGCUCAGUUGUGAUCCAGCAGCCCCCCUCCCCACUGCCUCCCCAGCUCUCAGUGACCCCGACUGUCUCCUGACUUAGCCGAGGUAAGGUCAGCGCAGCAGACAGGGCCAGGCUGGGGUGUGGGGGGCUGAGCUGGGCACAUGAGGAAGGGCUCUGGCUCACUGGGAAACGGCGAUUGAUCUGUGCUUCUGACAGCCCCAUGAGACACCUUGAGGAGGCGCUUCUACCAGCACUGCCCCACACCCCGCACUGGACGGCACUGGAUGCAGGGACAGCUGCUUGGGUUCUAAUGCUCCUGCUCUCUUCUCUUUCCCCUCCAACCAGUUCAAUCUCAUCCCUCCCAGCAGCUCCCCUUCCACCCCCCGGGGAACUGAAGAUUGUCCUGGCCGCGACCUGAGACCUCCAUGAGUGGAGGGAAGAGUGACCUAUGUCUCUUCCCCCAGCAGCUCGGACCAGUCCCAGCCCCCCAGUCCCCUUUUCCCCCCCGGGGGCGGGGGGAGCUGGGGAAUUCCUGCCAAGCACCUUGAAUGGGAAGGGCCUCAAAGUGGGCAGGGCCGGGGUCCAGCGGGGGUGGGGGGUUCCUGCUCUGCCCCUGCCCAUCCCCACCCCAUCUUGCCCUUCCAUCCUCUCAUCUAUCCCCCCCGCUGGAGACGAAGAUCUUUUAUUUUCUAUUAUUUAUAACCUCAGACUUGGGCCCCCUGUUCUUUCUUCCCCAUUAACUUGAAUGACCUGCGUGAGAGACACAGAUGCCCCACAAGGAUGGUUGGACAAGGACUUUUACUUUUUAUUACAUAAAAAUAUUUAAAAAAAAUUAAAAAAAAUAAAAUUUUAAACUAACUUAA